AUGCAGCAUCAGUGGGUCUAUUCUUCAGGGUCUAACUGGGCCGUCCUGGAUCAAGCAACAACCCAAGUAGUCGACAAAAUGUGGGGAUCUGCCGAAUCCGGCUGGGUCCAUAGUCCUACUUUUGGAAAUCAACCUAUCACAUCAAAUCAAGUCAAUUCACAUCAAUUCAAACCAAUGGCCUCGGGAUGGUUCUACAAGAAUGGUGCUAAAUGGCUUCCAUUAGAAACCGACCUACAGGAAAGAAUUGAGGAACUCUGGAAGUCAGAGUCUGAUGCCUGGGUAGAGUCGCGUGCAUUUGGCCGGGUUUAUAUCAAUACCCAGAAAUUGAUUAUGUCAACCAGUGAGACAACAUGGGAACUUCUCAGAGAUUUAUAG